AUGGCUCUAUCGUCGUACUUUGAGGCAAGUGAGACCGGCAUAACAGACGCACAGGAAGAAUCCGUGGGCACUGCUUCACACGUUUCGCCUGCUCAGUCCACGUCAAGUGGGCCACGUACACUGAGUGGGGCAUCUGUGUCUGAUGAUUCGCCAUGGCCGUCGAAGGCGCCGACGUCUGCUCGAAGAACACAAAAACCUCGCUCAGGUGGCAUCAUGACAUUUAAUGACUUGCGGUCUGAGCAAAAACCGCGUGACAAUAAUAACGAACCCGUGAAUCUCUUCACUGGCGGCGAGAGAAGUGGUUUGAAUGUCGAAACCCCUGAGCAUAGGCUUGGAGGAACUGGCCGAAAUUUGGUAGAUGACAUCCUGUCGAAAGCGGCAUCCUCGUCUCAUCCUCCUGUUUCCGACGAUCCUGCUGCUGUGAACUUAGGACAAGGGCACAGUGAUGCGAAAAGGAGCACGGCUUUCUCUGGUACAGGAUACUCGAUUGGUGGCGCAACUGUCGGACAAGGGAAUGAGAAGCAUGACCACGAAGAUGGAAUUUCUACUCAUGUUCCGGACCCUCACAUGCCUGGCUCGGUGGACCUAGACGAGCCAGGUGAUGAGGAGCCCGCCGUUAGACAUCUCACUUUCUGGCAAGACGGAUUUUCUAUUGAAGAUGGUCCCUUACUGCGCUAUGAUGAUCCAGGAAACCAAAGCACUCUUCAGGCCAUAAAUUCGGGUCGAGCUCCUUUAAGCUUGCUGAAUGUGCGUUUUGGUCAACCAGUCGAGCUGCUUGUUGCCAGGCGUACGCAUGAAAAGUAUAUACCGCCACCACCACCCCCUUCGAAGCCGUUCAUGGGCCAGGGUAAUCGUUUGGGUGCACCUAGCGCAAGUGGUCUGGGUGAUUCUGCUCAUCGGUUAACAGCUGACGGUACUGUAACAAAGGCUACCAACAAGCACGCAGCUGCUUUAGAUGCCUCUAGAGAAUCCUCAGCAAAGUCAGCUAGUUCUAGUUCUACUGACGUGGAUCUCUCUAAGCCCACGGUUCAAAUUCAAGUACGACUAAGCGAUGGUCAGUGCCUGAUUCUCAGGCUAAAUGAGAGCCACACUAUAUCCGAUCUGCGGAGAGAAAUAGAGGUGUAA